AUUGUUUCCUAGGGAGAUACAAAAAAGUAUGAAACUUAUAGAGCAAAUAAACGACUGAAGAAAUUGAUGUAUGAUCAUACCUCGAAAUUGUCACUUUAAGAAUCCUUAAGCAUCUUGCAAAGGUUAACAACCAUGCCAAAGCCUCAGCAAAGGCAGCAGUUUGGGCUUCGAGAUAUGCAAAUGCUGCAGCAGAAUUUUAUGAGAAACCAAGAACUUCGAAAGCACGAGAAGUUUCCGGGCUUUCCGGGCUUUUGGGAUGGAAGACAGCAGAGUAAUGCAAACCAGUUGCCUCUAAGUAAUAGGAACGCUAGUAUGACUCAAUAUUUUCCAGCAAUUAAUGGAACACAUCUUCGUGAUGUCUCUCAGAUGCUUUCCCAUGGAAGCAUGAACUUGGUCCAUGGUUUUCCAAAUGGUUUUAUGCAAACAGAACAAGUUCGGGAUCAAAAUCCACGUCUGAUGGACUCAGCUCUUCAACAGUUUGAUCCAACAUCUCUACUUGGGAGUCCUGUGGAUAAUAUGAUGUAUACUUUUAAUCAACCCACUCACUUUCAAGGUCGUCUCUCCCACGAUGUUGCUAAUGUGAUGACAGUAGGGACACCAACUAUGCAGUCAGACUUCAAUAAUUCAUUCUCAGCCAACCAUUUCAAUGUUUAUUCAGAUCAGAUCCCUGAUUGUGGCGUUCUUGGGAAUUCAGAACAUAUGAAUCCCCUAGUGAGGAAUCUAUCAUUUUCUCAAUUUAACGAGAGACAAGAGCAAUCUGCGUGUCCUAGUCUCUUUCCUGGGAAGACAGUUGAAUAUGUUCCUCCUCAGCGACCGGCAUCUCUUGAUCCAUUAGAACAGAAGAUUUUUAUCAACACAGAAGAUACCAAUUGGAAUGCCUCGUAUGGAACAGGGAAUGCAGUUGAACAGUCAGAUGGCAUGAACUGUCUUUCUUCUCGUCAAACUGGAAGCUGGAGCGCUUUAAUGCAGUCUGCUGUUGCAGAAGCUUCAAGCUGUGAUAAUAAUGGAAUGCAAGAAGAGUGGAGUGGAUUGAGCUUCCAGAACACAGAAGUCUCAACUGAAAAUGAGCUGUCAGGUUUUGUUGAUGGUGGAAAGCAGAAAAUUUGUUGGGCUGAUAUCGGUAUGCAGAAUCCCCCCACUCCAACUUCCGAACAAGACUUUGUUUUCAAUGAUAGUGUUGAGAACAAUACAUUCCCAGGCUUCCAGUCAUCUAACACUUCCUUUUCAGUCGUAAAUUCUGAUUCCUCCUUUGGUUAUGAUCAGAAGUUCUUCAAAACAGUUGACAAACCAUCUAAGGAAAACACCCAAAGUAGUUUUCUGGAAAAUGACCCGUUUUCUUAUUCAGUGGGAGGAUUGGAUGAUGCGCAUGCUGAUCUGAACAACAGAGGAAGUAUUGAGGCAGAAGAUUCUCUCUUAAAAAGUAGUGGUGUUGCAAAUUUAAGCAUGGUCAAAUCUGAAUAUAUGACCAGUCAGCAACUCAUAGGGAGUCGUCGACUAGAUAAGUUGGAGAAUGUUAAUACUUCUGUUAACAAUUACCAAAAUGAGAGCUUGAGCUGGAACCCUCCCCCGCUUGGCAACAGUCUAAACCUUUUGCCAGGCCCUUGUGGACAAGCAGGAGAAACAUGCCAGAGGCAAAGGAAUGGCUACCAAAACGACAACUUAGGUUAUAAUUACCCAUCCCGGAAUAUCACCCGAGAAAACAAAGGGAUUGAGAAUGUGUGGUCUCACAAUAGGUGCAAUUCUCAACCCGUGUCUUGCAAGACAUCAUUCCAGGAGGGCUUGUCUGGUCAUGAAAAGAUUUUGACUGGGAUGGAAACUCUGCCUUCUGAAAAAGCAGUUGGUGUACUUGAUCCACACAUAACUGCACAAACAAGACGAGGCAUGGUUGAUCAUGUUCAACAAGUUAGCUGUUCCAGGAGCCAAACAUCUCUAUCAAAGUUUGGUUUCACAGGUUUAGAAGACCGGGCGUCUGCAGCCUAUCGAGGUGAUAUUCCACAGAACUUUGGCUUGAGGUCGGCCCCUCCAUCUCAAUUGCAAACCAGUUCUAACAGUCUUUUCCCAUCACACAGUUCUCUGCAAAUGGGAAACUCUACCAACUCUCAAGCUUUUGCUUCUUUAUAUCCCAAAAGCUCGCCCUCAGCACAUUUUACUUGUGGUACCCCUCGAGAUACAUCUGUUGCUGUUUCCAAUACUACACCUAUUAACAAACCAUUUCAAAUAUUGGAAUCUGAGCCCACAAAUCCCCCUUAUUCGAACUUUCCAAGAUCCAAUAACUUUGAAAUAUUGGCGGGUCAUCCAAUUGAGCAAGGUGUUAAUUGUGCAUUCACUACUAGAAAUCUAGAACCUUUUGGGACUCAGAAUUAUUCUAUGCUGCCACAGAUGCAGUUUUUACAGAAUUCAGAUACUGGUCCAAGUAAAAGGUGUCAUGCAAAGAAUCCUAAGGCUGAUUCCUAUACAAAUACUGAAGUGCACAAUUCAACACAUCUUCAACCUGAAUUAAGUUUCUUUCCGCCUGCAAGACGUCAUGAUUCUCUGCAAAUGAUUAGCAGGCAUGAACAAACUGGUCCUCAGAUCCUUUCUAAUUCAAAUAUUAUGGAUCAAACUGAAGAUCCUCAAAUCAGUCUUCAUAAGGCGUCUUCCUGGUCUGAGCAUUAUUAUAGUAACUUAAGAAAUGGGAACAUUUUGCCAGCAAACGCUGUCCCUCUUCUGAAGCCAGCUAGUGCCUUAUCAAUUCAUGAUGGCAGCCAAACUUCAAUGCUCGCAAGAUCCAGAAAGCGUAAAAUUUCUACAUCAACAUUGCUACCUUGGGACAAAGAUGUGGAGCAAGGUUCCUUAGAGCUCCAAAAUAUGAGCAUGGCUCAACUAGAGUGGACGCUUGCCUCAAAUCGGCUUCAUGAAAAGGUGGAAGUGGAUGGUGAAACAACAAAUGAACAGGUUCAAGAACAACAUAGAUCAAAGAAACGACUUAUUCUCACAUCGCAGCUUAUGCAACAGGUAUUUCGGCCUGCAAAAGCAUCGAUUAUGUCAUCAGACUUAUCUUCAAAACAUGAUAGCAUGGUAUACCUAGCUGCCAAAGUGGCAUUAGGCGAUGAUGAUGCUUCUGAAAUGAAAAACAAAUCUCCAAAGAGAAACAAGAAAGUGAUGUUGUCAAGAGAUGUGGAAAAUUUUGAGAAAAGAGCUAAGAAACUGGAAAGUGACUUGUUGAGAAUGGAGAAGAGAUCUUUUACAGACAUAAAACUUGAACUGGAAGAACUGGAGAAGUAUUUUGUGAUUAACCGUUUUGCUAGGUUUCAUUUCAGAGGAGAACAAUCAGAUUCAUCUUUGCAGAGAUAUAUGGUGGGUCAUCCUAUCUUCAGGGAAGUACCAGAUGUAGCUCAUUGUCUCUCACUUUGACCUAAUUCCCUGCCUUCUGUUUUGAAAGAAAGUACACCUAGUGUGUAUUAGUUAGUUAGUUGCAUAAGAAAAUAAAGAAAACAUAUGAGAUGUUAUCCAUGUUGAUGAUGGUACUACUACAAAAACAAACAAAGACACAAUCUUUCUCAUACUUACCCAGAAAGUUAUAUACAUUA